AUGGAUCCGGUCAGCGAGCCCUACUCACGCUACAUACGAGACAGAUAUUUAUUAGCUGGGGACAGUGGAUUUCACUCCGCCGACACAAUGGAUGAGAGGAACGACAGAUGGCCUCCGUCACGAUCCACCUCUCCAACAUCUCCGUCAACAGACUCCUAUUUUCGUGAACACUACGGUGUCUUCUUUAUGGAUGAAGACAUAGAGGAAAACUCAGCCAAGCAAACUAAAGAGGAGACCAAGGAGGAAUCUUCGGACUCCACCAGUCAAUCGUCUGAUGAGAAAGGAUCCAUCGCCACUUCAAUUCACUUCCCUGCUGUUUUUGUGGAGGGCUUUUGCGAAGGUCGUGUGGAAUUCAACAUUCCUGGAGUCAUGAAAGACCAAUUUUCCCCUCCAGAUGACAUCAAUGUUCAUUUCAAAUUUCCAAGCGAUGACAGUGGGCAAUUGCACAACUCCGACAUCGAGUGUCUCACAAAGGCCGGUGAAGUCAUGACCCAGUGGCGAAAACGAAAGAAAACUCACAGCCAUUUUAUGGCAACACAGCACUCAAGAUCUCAACUCUACCGAUCUUACUUCGAGGGAGACGACUCCUAA